AUGGCACAAGACACGAGGCCGUCCCCGCCAUCUCGGUCAUCGCGAGCCUCCUCCGUGGCCUCUAAGAAGUCGCUCACACUCGACCUCUCAAACCUCCCGCCGCUCGUACAACCCACACCGCCAUCCAACACCCUGCUCUUCACCAACCUCGAAUCCCUCGACGUCUUCCGGCCGGACAACCUCCAGACGAUCCGCGACCUGAUCUCCCAGACGGCGCCGAUCCACGCCUGGGCGCCGCUCAAGUCGUUCCGGCGCAUCGUCAUCUCCUUCUUCGACGAGCAGUCCGCCAUCGAGGUGCGGUCCAUCUGGGACGGCGAGGCCAUCCUGGGCGAGCGGUGCCGUGUCUACUUCGGGCACCCGACCCCCGUCGACGCCCGCGACCGCCACCUGGCCCUGCCCGACGCCGGCAAGCUGUUCUUCAUCAGCCCGCCCCCCUCGCCCCCGCACGGCUGGGAGAUGCGCCUCGAGGAUGCCCCGAACAAGAUGGUCCACGCUGAGGACCUCGCCGACGCCCUCGCCCGCCUGAGGCACAACGCCGCCACCAACGCCGAUAGCCCCGUCAGCCCCGCCAGCAGCAGGGGGGGUGGCGCUGGCGGCGAGGUGUCGUUCGACCUCGCCGGAAGUCGGCAGCGAAGCAGGAGCUCCACGCUGAUCUUCCACCCCCAAGAGCACGGUAGCAGUCCCAAUCUGCCCUGCAUCGCCGUCGACGACAUGACGGACGAGCCCGAGGAGAUCAGCCCCAGCGUCGACGGGCCGGCGAGGCCGAUCAUGGCGCACACGUCGAGGCCGCCGGUGGAGCUUAUGAUGCGUGAUGGUUGA